AUGGAUAGAAAUGAGCAAAUGGCUGGCAUGAUGCUCCUGGAUGGAAUCCAGUACACAAAUGGGAGCAGACAGCUGAACAUAGGCACCAACAUAGGCAGAGGGGCUGGAUUUAGUAGCAGUGCCUUUGGAAAUUUAGCAUUUGGUUUGGGGACAUCUGGUCAAAAGGGAUUGGAAGUCAGUAGAUUAAAAAGAUUAAUUUUUAAUAACAUCUUGAUUUUCUCAUCAGUUGGAACAGGGUCUUUUGGUUGGGAACUUGAAGCUAGAAGGGGCGAUGCUGCAUUUGGUUUUAGAGCUUCUGGUUUGAGUUCAUUUGGUGACAGCGGCUUUCGUAGCAGAACAGUUGAAGGAAAUUGAGUUAUUAGAUCUGAAGGAUCCAUUUCCAAUGAUCUAGGUGACACCAGUCUGAAAAUUGGGAAUACCUUUGUUGGUGAUAGCUCUGGAAAUUUGGAAUCCAAUUUAGAGGCUUUUGGUCAACAGGGAUUUGGAAACAAUGAACUUGGAGGGGAUAGAAUGAGUGGCAGUGCAUCUGUUGGGGCUGGAUUUAAAGGCCUUGGAUCUGAUGUCAGUAGCUCAGGUGACACCAAUUUGAGAAAUGGUAAUACCUUUGUUGGUGAUAACUCUGGAAACUUAGAAUCCAAUUUAGGGGCUUUUGGUCAACAGGGAUUUGGAAUCAAUGAACUUGGAGGGGAUAGAAUGAGUGGCAGUACAUCUGUUGGGGAUAGACACAAGGACUUUGGCUCUGAUGCCAGUGUCACAAGCUCAUCUGACUACAGUACUUCUGGACCACUCAGCACUCCAGGAAAAGGAACCCAUAUUCCAGAAGCAACCCCCAAAUACUCAGAAACAAACACAACUAUUGGUGAAGUUUCUACUUGGGGCAAAGGAGCAUAUAAAGCUUUCAAUGGCCGUGUCUUUUCCUUUGAGUCUUCAUGCACGUAUAGUUUCUGCCGUCACUGUGUUGAAUCUGGAGGAGAUUUCAAUAUUGAGAUCAAACGAAACGAUAGUGAGAUUGAAAAAAUAACAGUUAUAUUAGACAAUAAUGUCAUCUCUAUUGUUGGCGAUAUCAUUUUAGUUAAUGGAGAAAGUGUACAGAUACCAUAUGACAAUAAGAUGAUUCACAUUAAAAAAUAUGGAGAAAAUAAUGUUCUGAAUAGCCAUAGAGGAAUCCUGUCUUUAAUGUGGGAUGAAAAUAAUAAACUCUCACUCACUCUUCACAAGCAGUAUCCAACUUGUGGUCUUUGUGGUAACUUCAACAGCAUUCCGGGAGACAAUAUUAAUGAGCACAUUAACAAUAGUAAAAUUCCUGGUAAUUGUCCCAAAGCUGUUACCAAAAGCUAUCAAGUUUGUGAAGAUGGAGUGCAUCACUGUAACAAAAUUAUUGGAACCUACUCUGAGAAAUGUGGAAAGGUUGGCACUUUAUACAACAACUACAAAAUGAUCUGCAUUGAUGAGUACUGCCAAAGUAGAGACAAAAAAUCCACCUGUGACACUUACACAGAAUUGUCCCGCCUCUGUUCAUCAUAUGGUCCCGGCACCUAUGUAUCCUGGAGAGACGAUCCCGAUGUGGUUUGUGAAAAACCUAGAUGCCCAGAAGAACAUAUAUACAAAGAAUGUGGUCCCUCAAAUCCUGCAACUUGUUCUAAUGUGGCUCCUUUUCAAGGCAUUGAAUGUGUGAGUGGCUGCACCUGCCCAGAAGGUUAUCUGUUGGAUGAUAUUGGAGAGAAAGGGAGAUGCGUGUUGAAGGCUGACUGUCCCUGUGAAUCUAAUGGAAAGGUGUAUCAGUCAGGAGAAAUCCGUGAAGGUUCUUGUGGUUCUCAGUGCACAUGCCAAGAAGCAAAGUGGUCUUGCACUAAAAUGUUAUGUCCUGGAAGAUGUAAGGUGGAAGAAAGUUUGAUUACCACCUUUGAUGGUGUUGAAUACAACCAUCCUGGAAACUGUCACUUUUUGGCCAUCCAUGAUAAAGAUUGGUCUAUUAGUGUUGAGCUUCAUCCAUGUCCAAGUGGUCAGUCAGGAACGUGCUUAAAUAGUGUUACACUCCUCUUGAAUUCGUCUGUUCCAGUUAACAAAUACAUAUUCAAUAGAGAUGGAACAGUCAGAAAUGACAAGAUUAGAAAUCAAGCUUAUUAUUAUUCAGAAAAAAUACAGAUCUCCAAUGCAUCUUCCUCAUACCUUCAAGCAGAAACAUACUUUCAUGGAAAACUGCAAAUACAAAUUGUUCCUGUGAUUCAAUUAUAUGUUUCCAUGCCACCCAACCAAUUCACAGACACUGUAGGACUCUGUGGUUCCUACAACAACAGAGCAGAGGGAUUCAUGUCAAGUCAGAAUAUAUUAGAGAAGACAUCUCAGGCAUUUGCUAAUUCUUGGGAAAUGAUGCCUUGUCCUAAAGGAAACACUGCUUCAUGCAUCAGUAUAGAAAAAGAAAGUUUUGCUGAAAGGCACUGUGGAAUUCUUCUUGAUUUGAGUGGGCCUUUUGCUUCCUGCCAUUCAGUUGUGGACCCUAAACCAUAUCAAGAGGUAUGUGAGGAAUGCAAAAAAUACACUUGUACUUGUGAAAUUUUAGGCAACUAUGUGAAAGCUUGUGCUGAGAAGGAAACUUACAUGAGAGGACGGAGAGCUGGGCUUUGUGAUCAAUCUUGUCCAAGUGGCCUAGUUUUCAGGUACAAUGUAAAAACCUGCAAUAGUUCCUGCCGAUCAUUGUCAGAGAGAGAUAGGAGCUGCAAUAUGGAAGAUGUUCUAGUUGACGGAUGCACUUGCCCUGAUGGAAUGUACCAGACUAAUGAAGGAAAUUGUGUUCCAAAAUCUCAGUGUGACUGCUACAUAAAUGACAAGGUCAUGCAACCAGGCAAACUCAUCCAUAUUGAUGACAAUGGUAUGGAAAUUACAAAUAUACUUGUUAUGACUUUGAAAUCAAGGGACUGUGCUUUUCAGAGAAAUAGUCUAUUCAUAUGUCGAGAUGGAAUUCUUCUUUGCCAGACUCCCAUUGAUUUAAUGCUACAGAAUUGUUCCAGAGCGGCUGAAUAUGUUGACUGUAGGAAUCCUAAGGCACAGAGAAGAGUUGACAGUACCUGUAGCACUCGGAACAUACCUAGUUUGGAGGACAACUUGCCUUGCAAGCGUGGAUGCUACUGUCCUGUAGGAAUGGUUCGAAAUUCUAAAGGGAACUAUGUCUUCCCUGAUGACUGCCCAUGUUCUUUUGGUGGACUAGAGUAUGACCAAGGAAGUGUCACCUCGGUUGGCUGCAACAAAUGUAGUUGCAUAAAAGGAUCUUGGAACUGUACACAAAAUGAAUGUCAAACCACAUGCCAUAUCUAUGGGGAAGGUCAUGUUAGAUCUUUUGAUGGAAAAAGUUACAGCUUUGAUGGUCUCUGCCAGUAUUCAUUUAUCGAGGAUUAUUGUGGUCGUGAAAAUGGCACAUUCCGUAUUUUAACUGAAAGCAUCCCAUGUUGUGAAGAUGGGCUUACAUGAUCAAGAAAAGUUAUAGUUGCUUUUCAGGAUCAGAAUAUUGUCUUGCAAGAUGGUAAAGUCACAGCAGUCAAAACUACAGAAAGUAAGGAAUGUAAACUCAGUGGAAAUUCAUACUCUGUUCAUACCGUUGGCCUGUAAUUGAUUUUGAAAAUUUUAAGUGGAAUAACCAUAAUUUGGGACAAAAAUACAAGAAUUUCUGUGUUAUUGGAUCCACGCUGGAAUGGCAAAGUAUGUGGUCUUUGUGGAAAUAACAAUGGCAAUCUUAAGGAUGAUUUCACAACGAGAUACUCAUCAGUAGCUGCUGGGGCACUGGAAUUUGGAAAUAGUUGGAAAACAAGUCAAGAAUGUUCAGACACAGUAGCUCAAACCUUCCCAUGUGACUCAAACCCAUACUGUAAAGCUUGGGCUGUGUGGAAAUGUGAGAUCAUCCGGGACAGCACCUUCAGAGACUGCCACAAUAAGGUGGACCCCAGUAUGUACUAUGAUGCAUGUGUUGAAGAAGCUUGUGCAUGUGACAUGAAGGGGAAGUACCUGGGAUUCUGCACAACUGUGGUGAUGUAUGCAGAAGCAUGCAGUGCGGUUGGAGUCUGUGUUACAUGGAGAAAACCAGAUCUCUGUCUAAUUUGAUAUAAUUCAAUCAUACCUGUCUACUGUGAUUAUUAUAAUGCACCUGGGGAAUGCAGCUGGCAUUAUGAACCUUGUGGUACAGUGACUGCAAAAACAUGCAAAGAUAGAGUAAUUGGCCAGAAGUUUUCUGCAGUUUUAGAAGGCUGUUAUGCUAAGUGCCCGGACAGUGCUCCCUUCCUGGAUGAGAACACCAUGAAAUGCGUCAGUUUGUCUGAGUGCAGCUGCUUCUAUAAUGACAUCAUACCUGCUGGUGGAGUGAUCCAAGAUAACUGUGGGAGAAUCUGCUAUUGCAUCGCAGGAGAGUUGGAGUGCAGUGAAACUGCUCCUACAAAUUCAACAUUUACAGUUUCUACUACAACAGCUACCUCCAUACUAAGCGCUGAAGCAGGUAUUACUAGAACUCCAGUGCCUAUCACCUCCACAGCUGGAAGUGUGGGCACCACAGGAGCAGUGGGCCCCAACUUCACCAGUCCUGGGCUCAUAUCAGGGUAUUUUUCAAACUGCUAUUCUUUACAAGCAGGAACAGGGGUCCUACUGCACCAACAACAGGAGGGACCCCAGGAGUAUCAGAGGGUUUCACAACCGCGCAUGGAAGCAAGAGCACAAGUGGAGACUCACCUACCCCAGGCACAACCCCGGGAGGCCAAGCAGUACUGGAUUGUCAUAAUAAUAUAUAUACUCUCCCAAUACUGUUUAUCAGGUGUAACAGGAGAAUUUGUUGGAACUACCACUGGAACUGGCAGUGGCAUCACAGCUAGACCACCUUUCCCUGGUUCCAGCCCAACUGGAAUAACUGGAGGGGAAAAUGCUGCCACCACUGGAGCUGCUGGUGAAAACACUUCUGGAGCAGCAGCCAUGCCUAGGGUAUUGCCUGGAGCAAUCCCCGGCGCUGGAGGUGGCAACACCCCUGGGGAACCAGGCACUGGAGCUACAAGUCUUGGGAAGUCAGGGAUAAAUGGACAAUCUCUUGAAAGAUCAGGAAGAACAGGAACAUCAGCUGGAGGAUCAAGGACAAUUGGACAAUCAACUGAAGGAUCAGGGACAAUUGAACCAUCAUCUGGAAGAUCAAGGACAACUGGACCAUCUGUUGUAGGAUCAGGGGCAACUGGAUCAUUAUCUGGAGUGACAGAGACAACUGGACCAUCAACAGAAGAAUCAGGAACCACUAAACGAUCAAAUGAAGUCUCAGGAAAAACAGUACCAUUAACUGAAAGAUCAAGGACAACUGUGCAAUCAAUUGGAGUAACAGGGACUACUGGAUCAUCAACCGAAGAAUUAGGGAAAGCAGUACCAUCAACUGGAGUGACAGGGACUACUGAAACAUCGACUGGAGGAUCAGGAACAACUGGAUCAUCAAUUGGAGUAUCAGGGGCUACUGGACCAUCAACUGGUGAUUCUGGGGCAACUGCAUCAUCAGUUUUAGGUUCAAAGACAAGUGAACGAUCAGUUCGAGGAUCAAGAACCACUGAGACAUCAAAUGCAGUGACAGGAACAUAUGAACCAUCAAUGAGAACAUCAGGGACAACUGGAAAAUCUAGGUCAAUUGGACAGUCUGUUGUAGGGUCAGAGACAACCACUCCAUUAUUUGGAGCAACAGGGACUACUAUUAUUGGAAAAGGAACCAGUUUAUGGUCAUCUGGAGGAUCAGGGAUCCCUGGAUCAACACCUGGAAAUUCAAUAGCAACUGGACCAAAUAUUGUAGGUUCAGAGACAAGUGCACCAUUAUCUGGAGCAACAGGAAACAUAGUUACAGAAUCAGGAAUGGGUUUACCCUUAUCUGGAGCAUCAGGGAAACCUGGAUCAUCACCUGGAGGAUCAGCAGCAACUGGACCACCUGGUAUUGGUUUAGAGACAACUGCAGCAUUAUCUGGAACAACGGGAACUGCAGCUAUAGCAUUAGGAACAAGCUUAUCAUCAGGGACUAAUGUUAUAGGAUCAGGAACAGGUUUACCCUCAUCCAGAGCAUCAGGGACCCCAGGAUCAUCACCUGCAGGAUCGGCAGCAACUGGACCACAUGGUGUUGGUUCAGAGACAAUGGCACCAUUAUCUGGAGCAACAGGGACAGCUGCUAUAAGAUCAGGAACCAGUUUAGCACCGGUUUUAAAAUUAGGGACCACUAGAUCAAUACCAGGAAGAUCAGGGACAACUGGACCACCUGCUGUAAUUUCAGAGACAACUGCACCAGUGUCUGGAACAAGAGGAACUGCAACUAUAGUAUCAGGUACCAGUUUACCAUCGGUUGAGGGAUCAGGGAGCACUAGAUCACUACCUGGAGGGUCAGGGACAAGUGGACCACCUAGUGUAAGUUCAGAGAUAACUUCACCAUUAUCUGGAGCAACAGGGACUAGUGUUACAGGAUCAGGAACAAGUUUACCAAUAUCUAGAGCAUCAGGGACCCUUCAAUCAUCAACUGGAGGAUCAGCAGCAACUUCAUCACCUGGUGUUGGUUUGGAGACAACAGCAUCACUAUCUGGAGCAACAGGGACUGCUGCUAUGGGAGCAGGAACCAGUUUACUCUCAGCUGAAGAAACAGGGACCACUAGAUCAAUUCCUCAAGAAUCAGGGACAACUGCACUACCUGGUGUAGGUUCACAGACAACUGCAGCAUUAUCUAGAGCCACAGUAACUGCAGCUAUAGGAUCAGUAACCAGUUUACCAUCAGUUGAGGGAUCAAGGACCACUAGAUCACUACCUGGAAGAUCAGGGAGAAGUGGACCCCCUGGUGUAAGUUCAGAGAUAACUUCAAAAUUAUCUGGAGCAACAGUGACUAAUGUUAUAGGAUUAGGAACCAGUUUACCCUUGUCGGGAUCAUCAGGAACCCCUGGAUUAUCAACUGGAGGAUCAGCAGCACGUGCACCACCUGAUGUUGGUUUGCAGACAACUGAACCAUUAUCUGGAGCAACAAGGACCACUGCUUUAGGAUCAGGAACCAGUUUACCAUCAGUUGAAGGACAAGGGACCACUAGAUUAAUACCUGGAAGAUCAGGGACAACUGGACCACCUGCUGUAGGUACAGAGAAAACUGCACCAUUACCUGGAGCAAGAGGAACUGCAGGUUUAGGAUCAGGAACAAGUUUACCAUUGGUAGAGGGAUCAAGGACCACUAGAUCACCACCUGGAGGAUUAAGGACAAGUGGACGACCUGCUACAACUGCAGCAUUAUCUGUAGCAACAGGAACUGCAGCUAUAGGAUCAGGUACCAGUUUACCAUCAGUGAAGGGAUCAGGGACCACCAGAUCACUACCUGGAGGAUCAGGGACAAGUGGACAACCUGGUGUAAGUUCAGAUAUAACUGUGCCAUUACCUGGAGAAUCAGGAAGUAAUAUUAUAGGAUCAGGAACAAGUUUACCCUCAUCUGGAGCAUCAGGAAACCCUGGAUCAUCACCUGGAGGAUCAGCAGCAACUGGAACACCUGGUGUUUGUUCAGAGACAAGUGCACAAUUAGCUGGAGCAAUAGAGACCACUGCUCUAAGAUCAGCAAACAGGUUACCAUCAGUUGAAAGAUUAGGGGCCACUAGAUCAAUACCUGGAGGAUCAGGGACAACUUUAUCAGAUGCUGUAAAUUCAGAGACAACUGCAUCUUUAUUUGGAGCAACAGGGACUCAUGUUAUAACAUCAGGAACAAUAGGGACCCCUGGAUCAUCACCUGGGGGAUCAGCAGCAACUGGACCACCUGGUAUUGUUUCAGACACAACUGCCUUAUUUUCUGGAGAAUCAGGGAUCAUUGCUAUCGGAUCAGGAACAAGUUUACCCUUAUCAGGAGCAUCAGGGAUGCCUAGAUUGUCACCUGGGGGAUCAGAGGCAAGUGGAUCACCUGUUAUUGUUUCAGAGACAACUCCACCAUUAUCUGUAGCAACAGGAACUGCAGCUAUAAGAUCCGAACUAGUUUACCAUCAGUUGAGGGAUCAGGGACCACUAGAUCACUACCUGGAGGAUCAGAGACAAGUGGACCACCUGGGAACAUCAGGGACACCUGGAUCGUCAACUGGAGGAUCAGUAGCAAGUGAACCACAUGGUAUUGGUUUGCAGACAACAGCACCAUUUUCUGGAUCAAGAGAGACUGCUCCUAUAGGAUCAGGAACCAGUUUAUCCUCAUCUGGAACAUCAGAGACACCUGGAUCAUCUAUUGGAGGAUCAGCAACUGGACCACUUGGUAUUGUUUCAGACACAACUGCCCUAUUAUCUGGAGCAGCAGGGACUGCUGCUAUAGAAUUAGGAACCAGUUUACAUUCAUCUGGAGUAUCAGAAGCCCCUGGAUCAUCACCUGGAGGAUCAUCAGCUGCUGGACCACCUGGUCUUGUUUCAGAGACAACUGCACCAUUAUCUGGAGCAACAGAAACCACUGCUUUAGGAUCAGGAACCAGUUUACUAUCAGUUGAAGGACCAGACACCACUAGAUUAAUACCUGGAGGAAUAGGGACAACUGAACCACCUGUUGUAGUUACAAAGACAACUGCACCAUUAUCUGGAGAAGGAGGAGCUUCAGGUUUAGGAUCAGGAACAGGUUUACCUUCAGUUGAGGGAUCAGGGAGCACUAGAUCACUACCUGGAGGAUCAGGGACAAGUGGACGCCCUGGUGUAAGUUCAGAGAUAAUGACGCCUUUAUCUGGGGCAACAGGGACUAAUGUUAUAGGAUCAGGAAGAAGUUUACCCUCAUUUGGGGCAUCAGGAACCCCUGGAUCAUCACCUGGAGGAUCAGCAGCAAGUGCACCACCUGGUGUUGUAUUGCAAACAACUGCACCAUUAUCUGCAGCAACAGGGUCUGCUGCUAUAGGAUCAGGAAUCGGUUUACCAUUAGUUGAAGGAUCUGGGAACACUAGAUCAGUAACUGGUGGAUCAGGGACAACUGCACCAGGUGCUGUACGUUCAAAGCCAACUGCACCAUUAUCUGGAAAAAAAGGGACUAAUGUUAUAAGAUUGGGAACAAGUUUACCCACAUCAGGAGCCUCAAGAAACCCUGGAUCAUCACCUGGAGGAUUGGCAGCAACUGGAACACCUGGUGUUGGUUCAGAGACAAGUACACAAUUAGCUGGAGCAAUAGCGACCACUGCUCUAGGAUCAGCAAACGGUUUACCAUCAGUUGAAAGAUUAAGGACCACUAGAUCAAUACCUGGAGGAUCAGGGACAACUGGACCACUUGCUGUAAGUUCAGAGACAACUGCAUCUUUAUUUGGAACAACAGGGCCUCAUGUUAUAAGAUCAGGAGCAGUAGGGACCCCUGGAUCAUCACCUGGAGGAUCAGCAGCAACUGGACCACCUGGUAUUGUUUCAGACACAACUGCCUUAUUUUCUGGAGAAUCAGGGAUCAUUGCUAUCGGAUCAGGAACAAGUUUACCCUUAUCAGGAGCAUCAGGGACACCUAGAUUGUCACCUGGGGGAUCAGAGGCAAGUGGAUCACCUGUUAUUGUUUCAGAGACAACUCCAUCAUUAUCUGUACCAACAGGAACUGCAGCUAUAGGAUCCAGAACUAGUUUACCAUCAGUUGAGGGAUCAGGGACCACUAGAUCACUACUUGGAGGAUCAUGGACAAGUGGACAACCUGGUGUAAGUUCAGACAUAACUGUUUCAUUGUCUGGAACAACAAGGUCUAAUGUUAUAGAAUCAGGAAGCAAGACAACGGCACCAUUUUCUGGAGCAUCAGACAGUGCUGCUUUAGGAUCAGGAACUGGUUUACUCUCAUCCGGAGCAUCAGGGAACCCUGGAUCAUCACCCGGAGGAUCAGCAGCAACUGGACCACGUGGUAUUGUUUCAGACACAACUGCGCUAUUAUCUGGAGCAAAAGGGACCACUGCCUUAGUAUCAGGAACAAGUUUACCCUCAUCUGGAGCAUCAGGGACCACUGGACCAUCACCUGGAGGAUCAGCAGCAACUGGAUCACCUGUUAUUGUUUUGGAGACAAAUGCAGUAUUAUCUGGAGCAACAGGAACUGCAGUUAUAGGUUCAGGAACCAGUUUACCAUCACUUGAGGGAUCAGGGACCACUAGAUCACUACCUGAAGGCUCAGGGACAAGUGGACCAACUGGUUUAAGUGCAGAGAUAACUGAGCAAUUAUCUGGAACAACGGGGGGUAAUGUUAUAAGAUCAGGAACUAGUUUACCCUCAUCUGGAGCAUCAGGGAACCCUGCAAUAUCACCUGGAAGAUCAGCAGCAACUGGACCACCUGUUGUAGGUUCAGAGACAUUUGGACCAGUAUCUGGAGCAAUAGGCACCACUCUUACAGGAUCUGGAGACAGUUUAACAUCAUUUGAAAGAACAGCCUCUACUGGAUCAAUUCCUGGAGGAUCAGGGAGAACUAGACUAUCAGUUGUAGGUUCAGAGACAACUGUGUCUCUAUUUGGAGCAACAGGGACCACUGUUAUUGCAUCAAGAGCCAGCUUGCCAUCAGCUGAAAGAUCUGCCACCAGUAGUUCAAUACAUGCAGGGUCAGGGACAAGUGGACCAUACGUUGUAGGUUCAGACACAAGUGCACCAUUAUCUAGGGCAACAGGGACCGCUGCUAUAGGAUCAGGAACCGGUUUACCAUCAGUUGAAGGAUCAGGGACCACUAGAUCAGUACCUGGAGGAUCAAGGACAACUGGACCACCUGGUGUAAGUUCAAAGACAAUUGCAUCUUUAUCUGGAGCAACAGGGGCUAAUGUUAUAGAAUCAGGAACCAGUUUACCCUCAUCUGGAACAUCAGGGACCCUUGGAUCAUCGCUUGGAGAAUCAGCAGCACCUGCACCACCUGGUGUAGGAAGCAUUUUACCCUCAUCAGUAACAUCAGCGAACCUUGGAUCAUUACCUGGUGGAUCACUGACCCCUGGAUCACCUGGUUCAAGUUCAGAGACAACUGCACCAUCAUCUGGAGCAACAGCGACCACUGUUACAGGAUUAGUAACCAGUUUACCAUUAGUUGAAGGAUCAGCGAUCACAAGAUCAAUACUUGGAGGAUCAGAGACAAGUGGACCAUCUGUUGUAGGUUCAGAGACAACUGCACCAUUAUCUGGAGCUACAGGGACCACUGUUAUUGUGUCAAGAACAAGUUUGUCAUCAGUUGAAGCAUCAGCCACCACUAGUUCAACACCUGGAGGGUCAGGGACAAGUCGACCAUAUGUUGUAGGUUCAGAGACAAGUGCACCAUUAUCUGCAACAACAGGUACCACUGUUAUAGGAUCAGGAACCAGUGUACCCUCAUCUGGAGCAUCAGGGACUCCUGGAUCAUUGCCUGUAGGAUCAGCACCAACUGGACCACCUGGUGUAAUUUCAGAGACAACUGCACCAUUAUCUGGAGCAACAAGGACCCCGGUUAUAGGAAGAGGAACUAGUUUACCAUCAGUUGAAGGAUCAGUCACCACUAGAUUAAUACCUGGAGGAUCAGGAACAGCUGGGUCAUCUUUUGUAGGUUCAGAGACAACUACACCAUUAUCUGGAGAAAUAGGGAUGACUGUUAUGGGAUCAGGGACAAGUUUACAAUCAGUUGUAGGAUCAGGGAUAACUAGUUCCACAGUUGUACUGUUAGGAAAAACUAGAAUCUCUAUUGUAAGUUCAGGGACAACUGGAUUAUUAUCUGGACCAUUAGAGACAACUGGAGCAUCAAUUGAAAGACUAGGAUCAUCACUUGGCCUGACUGCCACAACUAGAUUCUCUGUUGUAGGCUCAGGGACAGUGGAACCAUCAACUAGAGAAUCAUGGACAACCAGCCCAGGAGAUGUAACUUCAUCAACCAUUGUAUUGUCAGCUGGUGCUUCAGGAGCAACUAGACCUGGAGUGACAGGGACAAGCAGACCUUCUGUUGUAGGUUCAGAGACAGCUGGUCCAUCAUCUGGAGAAACAGGGAUGACUGUUAUAGGAUCAGGGUCAAGUGGAUCAUCAGCUGAAGGAUCACAGACAACUGGAUCAGCAGGCUUAGGGACAACUGGAUCAUCAUCUGGAGAAACAGGGACCACUGUUGUUGAAUCAGGAAAAAGUGGACCCUCAGGUGAAGGAUCAGGGACAACUGCAUCACCAGAUGGAUUGACAAGAACUACUAAAAUCUCUGUUGUCAGUUUAGGGACUACAGGACCAUCAUCUGGAGUGAUGUGGACAACACAAACAUCUAUUGUAGGUUCAGGGACAACUGGAUCAUCAACUGGAGUAUUAGAGACAAUUGAUACAUCAGCUGAAGGAUCAAAGACAACUAGACCAUCAAUUGGAAGAUCAUGGACAACUGGGACAUCAGUUGAAGGAUCUGGAACAACUGGAUCAUCAAAUUUUACAACCACAGAGACCAGGAGGACAACUUGGGGGCCAGGAAUUGAGGUUACCACAUAUGAAGGUGGAAUCAGUAGAUCACUGGGAGCUACCAGAGGUGCUGGUAGUGGAGGCCCAGUUGGAGCAUCAAGCUUUAGAGCCACGUCUGCUGGGAACCAAGCAGACACAACUGAAGAACCAUAUGGAGAAACUACUGAAGUGGGUGAAAGCAUGACCAGAUCAACUACACCCAGAAAAUCAGGCUCAGAUAAUACAAUUCCACCAGAACCUGUUGUAGAGGCUGCAACUUCCAGAAGUACUGGUACUGCUGGAAUUGGAUUCCAGACAGGCACCACUGAGGUAGCCCCUGGCACAACUGUUGCCCCUGGCAAUUUCAACACACGUACUACUGGUAUAGUCUCUGGAAAAACUCUGGAACCUGGAAGUUACAACACAGAGGUCACCACUUCCAUGAGAAGAAGUGGGACCACCCAACCAGAACUUCCAGGAGGUAUCCCCAUGGUUUUACCUGGAGCCAGCAGCAGUUCACAGAGUUCCAUGUCAGGUACUUCAGGAGAAUUCUCUAAGACAACCAUAUCUGGAAGUUCCCACACAGUAGAUAACACUGCAGUACCAGGAGGUCAAGCAACUUGGAGUGUGACAGGCACCACUGGCGUAAUUCCUGGCACAACUGUUGCCCUUGGCAGUUCCAACACAGAUGCCACAACUUCUGUAGAAGAAAGUGGAACAGCAAGAAUUGGAAUAAUCACGGGCACAAUUGAGAGCAUCUCUGGCAAAACUCUGGGACCUGGAAGUGCCAAAACAGAAUCCACAAGUUCCACAAGAGGCAGUGAGACCAUCCAAGGAGGACUACCAGGAGGUAUCACUGGAGAAUUGUCUGGAACAACCAUUGCAUCUGAAAGUUCUAACACAGGUGCCAGUGGUGUAGUCUCCAGCCCAGCUAUUAUAUCUGGACGUUCCAGCACUGGUACCAAGGGUAUGGCCUCAGUUACCACUGUUGAACCUGGAAGUUCCAAUACCGGUAUCACCACGAAAUUAAAUGAUGGAAAGACAGUCCCAGAGGGUUCUAUUUCAGGUACCACAAGGGUAGCUUCUGGCACUACACUUGAACCUGGGAGUUCAAACACAGGUAGUACUGGAGCAGAUCAUGGUAGUACCAUCUCACCUUGGAGUUCCAACACAGGAGCCACCACUGACACAUCUGAGAGGCCAAGCCCUGGAAGUGAAACAGGUACCACUAGUGUAGUCUCUGGCACAACAGUUGCAUCUGGAAACUCUAACACAAGGGACACAACUUCUUUGGGAAGUGGUGAAACCACCCAGGGUAGAAUUAAAAUAAUUACCACGAGGGUGACUACUGGCACAACUAUCGCACCUGGACAUAUACGGGAGGAAGGAAGAGUCACUAGCAUAAUUUCAGGGAACCAAUCUACUAGAAGUAAAAUGGGUACCACUGGGACAGGCUCUGGGACAUCCUCACCUGGAGGUUUCAAAACAGGGAAGUCAAAUAAAGCAACAACUUUUAAAGAAUAUGUUGGAAACACUGAAGCAGGAAUUUCAUCAGGCAAUAGCCCGGAAUCAGUAGGAGUCACCAGUAGCCAAGAAGGCACUGCUGUGAUAUCAAGCAAAAUUACUGGUGUCUCAGAAAGUUCCAGCCAAGUUGCCUCCAAGGAAGCAUCUGAAACAACCACUGCUCCUGUAAUUUCUACCUCAGUCACUGCUUCCACAGGAGUCAAGGAAACCUCUGGAACUGGAAUGCAAACAGGCUCCACCUCAGUGUCAAAUGGAAUCAUAACAAGCCCCCAAAGUGUCCUACCCAGCAUUUGUCAUUUCAUCUUAACAGUUUGUCAUGGUCCACUGGGAGAAAAGAAGUCUCCUGGAGACAUAUGGACUGCCAAUUGCCACAGAUGCACCUGUACCAAUGCAAAGACCGUAGACUGUAAACCCAAGGGGUGUCCUUCUCCACCCACAUGCAAAACUGAAGAGAGGCUUGUAAAGUUCAAAGCUAAUGAUACCUGCUGUGAAAUCGGGUACUGUGAACCAAGAACAUGUUUAUUUAACAAUACCGACUAUGAGGUUAGUGCUUCAUUUGGUGACCCCAGCAACCCAUGUGUCUCCUACUUCUGCCACAGCACAGGUUUCGUUGCGGUGGUACAAGACUGCCCAAAGCAGACUUGGUGUGCAGAAGUAAGCAGAGUCUAUGAUUCAAAUAACUGUUGCUAUAUAUGUAAAACUAAUUGCAGACCUUCACCCGUGAAUGUGACUGUUAACUACAAUGGUUGCAAGAAAAAAGUUGAGAUGGCAAGAUGCGCAGAGGAAUGCAAAAAGACUCUCAGGUAUGAUUAUGAUAACUUUCAGUUGAAAAAUUCAUGCCUUUGCUGCCAAGAAGAAAACUAUGAGUUCAGAGAAAUUGUUCUUGACUGUCCUGAUGGUGGUACAAUACCUUACAGAUACAGGCACAUCACGACGUGUUCCUGCUUAGACAUGUGCCAACAAUCUACGACCUCAACAGUCAGUUAA